UCGUGGCUUACCAUCGAACUGUCUUUUGCAGAUUUUGUCGAAGGAAUAUAUAUUGUAUGAAAAUCAACAUGAAUAUCACGUCAGCAGCUGGCAUCAUUUCCCUCCUUGAGGAACCAAUGCCCGAAUUAAAAGUAUUUGCUUUAAAAAAAUUGGAUAUGAUAGUAGAUGAAUUUUGGCCUGAAAUUUCUGAGGCCAUAGAAAAAAUUGAAAUUCUUCAUGAAGAUAAAUCAUUCCCUCAGCAUGAUUUAGCUGCAUUAGUUGCUAGUAAAGUAUACUAUCAUUUAGGAAGUUUUGAAGAUUCUUUAACUUAUGCUCUUGGAGCUGGAGAACUUUUUGAUGUUAAUGCUCGCAAUGAAUAUGUUGAUACUACUAUAGCUAAGUGUAUUGAUUAUUAUACUCAACAACGUGUGUUGGAAGCUGAAGGAAAAUUACCACCAAAUAGCAAAAGAAUUGAUCCAAGAUUGGAAGGAAUUGUGAACAGAAUGUUUCAAAGAUGUUUAGAUGAUAAUCAGUAUCGGCAAGCUUUAGGUCUUGCUCUUGAAACAAGAAGAAUGGACAUCUUUAAAACUGCAAUUAUGCAAUCAGAUGAUGUUAGUGGCAUGUUAUCCUAUGCCUUCCAAGUUGUCAUGAGCCUCAUCCAGAAUCGUGGUUUUCGUAACACUGUACUUCGUUGUUUAGUGAGCCUUUAUCGCAACCUAGGAACACCAGAUUAUGUCAAUAUGUGUCAGUGUUUGAUAUUUCUUGAUGAUCCACUAGCUGUUGCUGAACUUUUAGACAAAUUGAGCAAAGGCUCACAAGAUUGUGUUCUUAUGGCCUAUCAAAUUGCAUUUGAUUUAUACGAAUCAGCAACUCAACAGUUCCUUGGUCGUGUUUUACAAGCUCUAAGAGCAACCGCACCCAUUCCAGGAGCUCUUAUGGUUAAACCAAUUGUUAAACCAGUUGUAAAAGCAACUGCUGAAGCUAGUUCUGAAUCUUCUACCGCAAUGGAAACUGAAAGCAGUACACCAGCUCCUGAUGAGAAAGCUCAACGUAGUGUUGAAAGUUUGAAUGCUGAAGAACGCGAGCAACAAGAACGUGUAGAUGCUUUAUCAAGUAUAUUAAGUGGGGAAAUUUCGAUCGAUUUGCACCUGCAAUUUUUAAUUCGUAGUAACCAUACCGAUAUGUUGAUAUUGAAAAAUACUAAAGAUACUAUACGUGUGUCUAUUUGUCAUACUGCCACUGUAAUUGCGAAUGCGUAUAUGCAUUCUGGAACUACUAGCGAUCAAUUUUUGAGGGACAACUUAGAAUGGUUGGCUAGAGCCACAAACUGGGCAAAAUUAACAGCAACAGCGUCUUUAGGAGUAAUUCACAGAGGUCAUGAACAAGAGGCUUUAGCUCUAAUGCAGUCUUAUCUUCCUCGGGAUACUGGCGCGGGAGCUGGUUAUUCUGAGGGAGGUGGUUUGUAUGCAUUAGGACUCAUUCACGCAAAUCACGGUGCAGCAAUCACUGAUUACUUACUUGGCCAACUAAAGGAUGCACAGAAUGAGAUGGUUCGUCAUGGAGGUUGCUUAGGUUUGGGUUUAGCCGCUAUGGGUUCGCAUAGACAAGAUGUAUACGAACAGUUGAAAUUCAAUCUUUACCAAGAUGAUGCAGUUACCGGUGAAGCAGCGGGCAUUGCCAUGGGUAUGGUCAUGCUGGGAUCGAAAUCAACUCAAGCGAUAGAGGAUAUGGUCGCGUAUGCUCAAGAAACACAACACGAAAAGAUCCUUCGAGGAUUAGCUGUGGGCAUCGCGUUCACUAUGUAUGGUCGCUUAGAAGAAGCUGAUCCCUUGGUCUCUUCCCUUUGCUCUGACAAGGACCCGAUUCUCCGAAGAAGCGGCAUGUAUACACUUGCGAUGGCCUACUGCGGAACCGGAAACAACCAGGCCAUCCGGAAGCUGCUGCACGUUGCUGUUUCUGAUGUCAACGACGAUGUUCGACGAGCUGCAGUGACUGGUCUGGGAUNCCUGCUGUUCAGAACACCGGAGCAAUGUCCCAGCGUGGUUUCCCUGCUCGCGGAGAGCUACAAUCCUCACGUGAGGUACGGAGCUGCGAUGGCCCUCGGGAUCGCGUGUGCCGGCACUGGUCUGAAGGAGGCCAUGGCUCUGUUGGAUCCCAUGACGAACGACUCGGUGAACUUCGUCCGCCAGGGUGCGCUGAUUGCCUCUGCGAUGAUUCUGAUCCAGCAGACUGAAGCGACGUGUGCUCGCGUGAAGGACUUCCGGGCCCUAUAUGCUAAAGUCGUGGUGGACAAGCACGAGGACGUGAUGGCCAAGUUCGGCGCCAUUUUGGCGCAGGGUAUCAUCGACGCUGGCGGUCGUAACGUGACAGUAUCGCUGCAAUCAAGGACAGGCCACACGAACAUGCUGGCAGUGGUCGGUGCAUUGGUCUUCACGCAGUACUGGUACUGGUUCCCAUUGGCACACUGCCUGGCUUUGGCCUUCACCCCGACCUGCCUGAUCGCUCUGAACGCUCAGCUGAAGAUGCCAAAGCUGGAGUUCCGUUCGAACGCCAGACCAAGCGUCUAUGCCUAUCCUGCGCCACUCGAGGAGAAGAAACGCGAGGAAAGAGAGAAGAUCACGACUGCAGUUCUCAGCAUUGCCGCCAGGGCGCGCAGGCGCGAGUCCGAGAGGCGCGCCCGUGAUUCUCACGAGAAAAUGGAAGUGGAUCCACCGGAAACUACGAAAGAAGUUGCCGAGGUAGCUUCGAAGGAAAAAGAGGAGAAGAAGAAGGAGAAGGAAACGAAAGAGACAAAAGAAACCAAGGAGACGAAGGAAAAAGUGGAGAAGAAAACCAAGGACGAGGUUGAGAAAGUGGAAGAGAAGAAGAAGGAAGCUGAACCGAAUUUCGAGAUUCUUCAGAACCCAGCUCGUGUGCUGAGACAGCAACUGAAGGUAAUACAACUAGUGGAAGGAAGUCACUACGUGACAGUCAAGGACAUUCAGAUUGGAGGUAUUGUCAUGGUGAAGCACAUCCAGUCAGACACUGAAGAGGAACUGGUGGAGCCAGUGGCAGCUUAUGGUCCUCAUCCCGAAGAGGAGCAAGAAGCAGAGCCACCAGAACCAUUCGAAUAUAACGAGGAUUAAGGUAUUACAGAAGACCUUCCUGUGGCGCCAUCUUUGCAGCGCUCGUCACUCAUUCACUUAUAUUCACGAUAGUUCGCUGUCAGUAGAAGUAACACUGUGAAAAAUACUGUCGCCGUUUUCUUUACUACGCCAGUACGGCUAUAGUAGUACUUCCUUUCAUAUUUUUUUAUAGUUAAUUUCUCGUCAUCCAGCGAUCGUUUCACGACUCGAUAGCGUUUACCACCGAAUCGCUGUUCCGUUCUAUAAAAAUUUAAUAAAUAGAUAAUUUGC